AACGCGCUGUAGGAUUUGUAGUUUUUAUGACAGAUCAAAAGUCUAUAUGCUUGGUUUCGACUAUUAUCUCAAUUGAAUCCCAAAAUUAUCUUUUUAUUAGUCAGUCAUUUGAUAAAACGCGUGCUGAAACAUCACGUCAAUACACGUUUGUUGUAAUUAAAUAUAUUUGUUUCACUCGGAUUUCAUGAAAGCCUUAUGAAACAAUUAUAUUUAAUAAUCAUGUGGACAAUUAUGUCUAUACAGAAAAAACAUUAGGUUAUUUAAUUCAAUAUUUAAUGAAACCAGUUGUUUUCCGUGCAUAAAAACUUCAACAAAAUGUGUUAUGUCAGUAUAUAAGCAGCGACACAACGUCGAUGCCAGGCUACAAUUACACACUUCUAACCUGAUCAAGUUAAACAACACUUUGUUUCAUUUUUGUUGAGCAACUUUGAGGAUUUCUACUGUCUAAAAAAACAGAUGGGUUUAGAAAAACAAGAGCCUCUGUGGCGUAAUGCAGCAGGCAAUUACUUAUUGCCGAGAGAGAAAAAAAGACCACGGAUAAUUCCCACAAAACAAUUUAUGAUAUAUAAUACUUAAAAUAUUUAAGAAAUACCUUUCAUAUCUAUUUACAUAUAUCACUCCAUUCCUUAUGACAUAUUUAGUUUGAAGUCCACCGGCUACGUUAUUUUCCAUAACGGCGCGCUAUGGACACCUACAAACGAGAGGUCUUUUCUGGGGUCCUAUGAUACCAUAGCAACCACCCCUCAAACAACAACAAUACCAUGCUGUUCGAGCUUCAGUUAAACAGACGAUGAGACGUUUACUGUUAUAUGCUUAGAUAACCACAAUCAAAAAUCAUCCAAAAUGUCAGUACGCAAAGAAUUUAAGAUGCCACCGCAGUCACAUUCUGAAAGGUCAAGCUAUAUGUUUGUUUUAAAUUGUAAUUGACGUUGUACUGUGCACCAAACUAGCUGCCUUUAAACCAAACAUGGUAUACGUCAAUAGUAACAAAUCUCUUACCAGGCCUCGUUUCUUGGAGCACCUGGAAUGCUAUCUCAAUAGGGAAUUGGAAAGUUUAGACAUACACGAUCCAAAAAUCCAACAGCUCAGACUUCAGGUUUACCAGGAGGUCUUUGGGUAUUUAGUUGAUGAGUUCAAAACAUACAAGCCUAUUUUCUCUGCCAUCAAAAAAGAGUAUGACAUCACAUUAGCAAGCCAACGUGGACAAAUCAGGGAUCUGCUACCACUGCGAGAAAAACUAGUGCUUGUCUCAGAACAAUGUGAGAAGAGGGUUCUUGAUCUAAUGGUACAAGAGAGGGAUGAGAUUAGAGCUCUAAAGCAGGAGUGUCAGCGUCUACAGCGCAUCAUUGAGAGAAUGAAUGAGCAACAGUCUGCCCUGCAGAUUCAGGUUGAUCAUCUGAAAAAGGACCUGGCCAUCCAGUAUGAGUUAUACAGGGAGGAACGUGAUGCACGAAAGCUGCUGAUCCUUCAAAUCAGCACAAUACACUCUAGUCAAGAUGUUGAAGAUGAUGACAAAAAGGAAGAUAUGGAAGCUGAGGAUCCUGUGAUGGUGAAGAUGGCUUUACAAGUGUGUAGAGAGGAUCUUACCAAAGCACAGGUUGAGCUUAACCGACUGCAAGCAGAAUAUAGUGAUGUUGUCCCUCGUCGAGACUGGGAGAGCCUGAAUGGAUUCCAUGAGGAGACUCUAAGGAAGCUGGAAACCUUACAGGCAGACUUUGAUCUGAUGAAGACAGAAUAUGACACACUUCUUGAAGUUCACCAACAGUCAGUAAAUUCUAAUCAGUCCUCGCAGCAACAUGGCUCAAAUGAGAAUCACACUGCUACAACUCCCAGACCAAAUUGGGAACUAUGUUCAGACAUACUUGGGGGUCAGGAGCGCUACACAGAACUCUUUGAAAGGCAAUCCAGCCAAAAGAAGUUGGAGAUCUUGCUGCAGGAACUGAAUAGUCAGAUCCCAGACCACUUCUUCAGUGGACUAGGCUUCUCCAAUGACGUCCCCAUUUAUUUACGUUACGAGGGGACGUUUAAGGAUCUAAAACUGAAAAAAGCUGAUGUGGUCAAUAUUAUAAAAGAUAUCUGGAGGGAGAAAACUGCAGAGAAUGAGAAGAAGGAUGAAUGUCGAGAACUGAAGGUGUUUCUGCACAGCUACCUUGUGGACCAAUUUAAGGAGAAGGCAGGACAGUGGGCUUACAGCUUAAUUGAAAGCAUCAAAAACAAUCUCAGUGAUGAUCUCAUUUGUCUUUUUAAUGACAUUCUGACUGGGAAGGUGGAUGAGAGCCUCUACCAUGGACAGACACAGCUGCUGUCUCACUUGCUCAAGGUUGUAAUUCACAGUGACAUAAAAGAAUGUGGAUUACUAACUGUUUCAGAAUUUAGUGAAGCAGUGAGGAAAGCUUGCCCCUUGAAGUCAGAUCAGGCCAUACAGGAGCUGUUGGCAGCGGCUCAUUCAGAGCUAGAGAGUAAUGGUGAACGCAUAGCUUAUCAGACACUUUUUACAGAGGACACAGAUGGAAAGCAUAAAGAAUUCCUGAGUCUACUCAAACAACAGGCUACUGAUGAAAGACUCCAAUAUGUCAGUGAGCUGAGGAUACAUCUAGAGGGAAAAGGGACGGUGAAUGCAGAGGACCUAAGGACUGCAUUCUUAACCAUUGAUCCCUCUCUGGAUUCUGCAUCACUUGACCGGAACCUUAGUGUAGCUUUUCAGACAAAGAUGUGGGAAUUACAAGAUCUGGAUGUGAACACAGAGGUUGUGCUACAGCGUCUCUCAGUGGCUGAUGUGAAAAGAGCAGGGACAAAAUAAACACCUACUGAUGUUCUUACACUAUGUUGUAUUUAUAGCAGUCUAUUAUGCAUUAUAUAAUUACAUAAAUGACAUAUUAAGACUAACAUUUUAUUACAUUAUAAGAUUAUAGAUUAUUUUAACCUAACUAAAAACCUUUUGAAUAUUUUAACAGAUAAUAGAUUUUUUUAUUAAGAAAAGACAACCCACUUAUCUUAGUCUUUUUAUUACAAUGAUUUGUAAUGUCUACCUACAGGUUACUGGAAAAUGAUUUAUAUAAAUAAAUUGUACAUUUGUAUUUAUUUAUCUGUCACGUUUAUUGUUUUUUGACAUUAGGUUAUGAAUGUUACAUUUUAAGUCAAUGUGUGGUAAAUACAAAUAAGGUCCG